AUGUGGUUGACUCAUCAGGAUUUUCGGGAGUUUGUGAAAGCUUCCUGGCAUGCGAAUAUUAGCAUUAAUUGUCCUCUUUUGAAGGUGAUGGUGAAACUGAAAAGGCUGCGCUCGAGUCUUAAAAGCUGGAACAAAGAGGUCUUUGGGCACGUGGAUGUGGAUAUCAAUCAGAUGCAGAUGGAUUUGGAGAGGAUUCAAACAAGAAUUUCGACUGAAGGCUACUCGGACACUCUUUUUGACGAAGAAGUGGAGGCUCAAGCUCGUUUGAGUACGAAGCUGCUGCGAAAAGACUUAUUACUGAAACAGAAAAGUAGGAUUCGCUGGUUAAAUGACGGGGACAGAAACACAAGUUUCUUCCAUAACUCGAUCAAGGCUAGAAAGAAGCAGCUUCAUAUUCCGCAGUUAAGAAUUGAUGGGACGGACUCUUAUGAUCAAGAUGAGAUUGCAGCACACAUCGUUCGUUAUUUCUCCAAUUUGUUUGCUGACUCAACUGGUAAUGCGGUCACAACUGAUGAUGUGAGGUAUUUGGUGAACACUACAGUUUCUCAAGCGCAAAAUAAUCUUCUUACUUGCAUCCCGAUGGAUGAGGAAAUUAAGGCCGCGGUCUUUGAGUUGGGGGGGGACAGUGCAGCCGGCCCUGAUGGAUUCACAUGGGUCUUCUUUCAACAUUGCUGGGAGAUCAUCAAAGCGGAUAUUUGUUUGGCUGUUAGAACGUUCUUCAACAAAAACUAUCUACCUCAUGGACUUAAUUCCAACACGCUGAUUCUUAUACCUAAAAAAGAAGUGGUUGAAACGGUGGCGGACUUGAGACCUAUUGUUCUGUCCAACUUUUUCUUUAAAAUACUCUCUAAGAUCCUGGCGACUAGGCUCAGUGAUGUGGCGGCCGAAUGUGUUUCGCCGAAUCAAUUUGGUUUUAUCCGUGGUCGCUUGAUUCAUGACUGUAUUAUGCUCGGCUCGGAAGGCAUUAACUGCAUGAACCGUUCGUGCAAAGGCAAAAAUAUGGCUUGUAAAGUGGAUAUUAAAAAGGCCUUACGCUGA